UUUGUGUGCGCGUAUGUGUGUGUGUAUGCUCCCCGCCCGGCUGCAUGAGAUGAGCUGCCUGCAGUCUUUGCGGCCGCUGUUUUCGCCUCCUCCUCCUCCACCUUCUCCUGCCUCUGUCUAUCUGUCCAGUCCGGGAAUGUUGACCACCGUUGCCUGAUCCAACGCCGCUGAGUGUCCCUUCAGCUCCAGACUGCUACUCCGUGUUCGUCUCUGAGGGUUGUAGCCUGGCUCUAAGGUUCUGCUCCAUUGAUCUUGUAUUGAAACUGAUCCAACCAAGCAAAUUGUACAAAAGAGCUGAGAAACACUAAACAUGGCUGUGGCCGGAUGUCCGGAUUAUUUCUUGCAUCAUCCAAAUUAUCAGCAGGACAAUAUAGACCGGUCCUCCAAUCACAGACAAGCUGACCUUAUUGGUCCAAGCUUCCAGCAAUCGACCAAUCGGGGUUCUCCUAACCAUCAAGAGGAUGAUGUCGAUUUGGAGGCCCUGGUGAAUGAUAUGAACUCUUCGCUGGAGAGCCUGUACUCCACCUGCAGUGGUCCACAGACAGAGUCCACCCCACUGCUGCACAAUGGACAGACCUCUUCCCCGCACCAACAGCACCAUCACAAUCAGAUGCAACACAACCAGCCUCGGCAGGGUCAACACUCACACGCUCUAAGCCACGUCUCCACGGAGCCUCCGUCCUCUUCCCCGUCGUCUGCAGACUCCCCACAAUCGAGCCUCAGGCGGUCACAACCCAUGCACAUCCUCGCUGUCAGGAGGUUGCAGGAACAGGAGCAGCAGCUAAGGACAUCAUCUCUCCCUGCCAUCCCGAACCCUUUCCCCGAGCUCUGCAGUCCAACAAGCUCCCCUGUCCUCAGCCCUGGCUCUCUACCUCCGGGUGAACCCUCCACUGGCACAUAUAUUGUGAAGAUCUUCAGUGAAGACGGCAUGGGUAAAGUGGUGGAGAUCCCAGCAGACAUGACAGCCAGGGACCUGUGCCAGCUCCUGGUUUAUAAAAGCCAUUGUGUGGACGACAACAGUUGGGCACUUGUUGAGCACCACCCGCUGCUAGGACUAGAGCGCUGUCUAGAAGACCAUGAGCUGGUGGUUCAGAUCCAGGCCUCUAUGAAUAGUGACAGUAGAUUCCUCUUCAGGAAGAACUAUGCCAAAUAUGAAUUCUUCAGAAACCCCCUGACAUUUUUCCCUGAGCAAAUGGUUGCAUGGUGCCAGGAAACCAACCGUACGAUUCCACCGUCUCAGCUCCUCCAGAACUUCCUAGCGACCAGCAGCUGUCCAGAGAUCCAGGGGUAUCUGUAUGUGAAGGAGGUGGGAAGAAAAUCCUGGAAGAAAGUUUACAUAUUCCUGCGGCGCUCGGGACUCUACUGCUCUACAAAAGGAAUCUCAAAGGAGCCCAGACAUCUACAGUUUCUAGCAGACCUUGAAGACAGUAACAUCUUCACUGUCACCACAGGCAAAAAGCAGCACGGUGCACCGUCAGACUACGGCUUCUGUAUCAAGCCCAAUAAAUGUCGAGGGGAGCUGAAGGAGUUGAGGAUGCUGUGUGCGGAGGAUGAACAGGGCAGGACGUGUUGGAUGAUGGCCUUCCGGCUCUUUAAGUAUGGAAUUCUGCUGUACCAGAAUUACAAGAUUCCCCAACAAAGGAAAACAUUACUUUCACACUUCUCAGCCCCUGUGCGGAGUGUAUCGGAAAACUCCCUUGUGGCAAUGGACUUCUCAGGGAGGAUAGGCAGGGUGAUUGACAACCCUGUAGAAGCUCAGAGCGCUGCCAUGGAGGAGGGACAUGCAUGGAGGAAGAGGAGUCAACGAAUGAACGUAUUAGGAUCCCACAGUCCUCUGCACCACUCCUCACUAAGCUCAGUCAUCCACAUAGCUCAGCUGUGGUUCCACGGCAGGAUAACCAGAGAAGAAUCGCAUCGCAUUAUCCACCAGCAGGGACAAGUCGAUGGGUUGUUCCUGCUAAGAGUCAGUCAGAGUAAUCCCAAGGCGUUUGUGCUCACGUUGUGCCAUCACCAGAAAAUCAAACAUUAGAUACUACCGUGUGAAGAGGAUGGCCAAAUCUUCUUCAGCCUUGACGACGGCUCCACCAAAUUCACCGACCUGAUUCAGCUGGUGGAGUUCUACCAGCUCAACAGAGGAGUGCUGCCUUGUAAACUCAAACACCCGUGCACCUUUGUGGCCUUAUGACAUCUUCAGAUCACCUGACCCCAUGACUUGACUUGACUCUGCCUAAAACAAACAAAACAACAAGAUAGCUUCCUGUUUGUGUUCUGUUUUUUAUCUCCACAAGAAGCUGGUGAAUUUACUGAUGUUCCGUGGUCAUUUUAUUUUGGCGUGAGUCGAAGACUGCUGAACCGUUGGAAUCCUUUUGCAUAAAUGUUGGAGGAGUCGGACUGACAAAUUGCUCACAAGGUUCCUCGCUCGAGGAGAGAACAGAUAAAGGAAAUGAACACUGCCCUUUGUGUCAGUGCUGUUGCAAAAUGUUCUACAAUCUUGCUACCCAUAGUCAUCAAUAAGCUUGGACACACAGUGAACCUCAAUGUUUUAUCUCACAGCUCAAGCGUAGACUGUGUUUCCUUUCAACUGGACAAUCAGCAGGACUACUCUCUGCUCUCCGAGAACAAACUGUUAUCUCGUUCAAGUCUUCAUCAAACGUCCUCAAAAAAUAAACUGUUGAUGGAGAGUUGAUUUCUCUUUAGUUUUGCACUCUGGAACUGGGAGUUGCCUUUGAUGCUGCAUGACUUCUCAGCUGUCUUAACUGUGAGAAGGUGCCAGCGCCCUCUAGUGUCAUAGACUUGUAAGGACAUGUCAAAAUGGACGAUAUUUAGAAUCACCAGAAGAGUGUCGCUUUUGGGGAGAGAGAAUUUGUCAAAAUCAAGCUAGCUGGAUUCUCGCUUAGAAAAAAUCUGUGGACCUGCAUUGUCAGCCCUCACAGAAAUGCUCAUCUCUCAGCACACAGGGUUUCUUUUGUUAUUGAUGCAUUCAUUGUUUUGUAUUGCUAUCAAUAGUGUCUCUAAUAGUAUAUUUUUUUAAAGUCCCCAUUUUGCAUUCUGGAUAUUUGCAACGCUUCAUUAUGCGCAUGCUACAAUAGGGUCAUUCUAUUGCAUGCUCCAUUUCCCUAAAGUAUGUCCGAUUGUAACUUCCAUAAAAAUAGAAAAACAUUUACGGGAGGGUGUCAGGGAGAAAUAACAAGUAAUAAAGCUAGAGGAUGUUUAGAACCAUGUAAACAGAUCUGUUGCUUGGAAAGUGGGGAAGGGAUUCAGGUAUUUAUUUGGAGGAAAAGUGUACGUGUACCCAUGUGCAGUAGUUCACUGCAGGCAAAGGCAAGGUGAGAGUAUCAACAUUUGAUUCAAUUCUCCUGCACAGGGGAGAAUAACCACUAGCAUUUCCUUCAGGUAUUUUUCAAGGAAACAAAAUAAUUACAUCAGUUCUGUUCUGUCCUGUCCUCAUUUCAUUGUUGUCCCACCAAUGUACCUCCUGUGAGAUACAGUUAGAUAUACAUGUGGCUAGAAACUUGGUUAAGUGUAGGCUCUAUUCAUUACAUUACAUAUAAUGCGGCCUUGGUCUGCCUGGAAGUACCUGUGUGUACUGACACAUCACAUAUAAGCCUCUUGCCCACUGCACACCGCCUCUUGAAUUCAGGCAGAAUGUUUAAGAAAAGUAAGCUACCGGUUUGGCAAAAAAAUAUAAUCAGAGAAGCUUACAGAAAAGAUAUCUGCCUCUCCAUAUCCAUCUCUUUCUUUUCUCAGCCUGUCUAACUUGGUGUCAUCACACUUUCAUCAGCAUGUCGUGAAGGUACACUGAAUAUUGACCUCUACAUGACGUGUUUUUGAUUGGCAAAACUCUUACGGAGUUAGGUUGAGGGUGACAGGAGAAAAUAGACUGUGUUUUAUAGUUGUGCCACACACUUUUGCCAUCACAAUCUGGGAAAUCUCUAGAAACUCACAUUUUAAGUUGUAUGUAGUCAAAGCUUUGGUGUCAGCUGUGGUUUGGCCACCAGCCAGCAGACCAUCAGAUAUCCAUUUGUUCUUACCUGUAAUGCAAAAUCAACAGCCAUGAUUUAUUUACCUGCAGGUUAUCUCAAGGUAUGUUGGUCCUCUGUGAUGCAGAUAGCCUCACCAUAUUAACUCUGUGCAUGGUCACCAUAUUUAUCUAAGAUGCAAUGACUCAAUCAUUUUUUUUAAGUAUUCUUGCAGCAAAAUGUAUUUAUUUAUCUCGAUGUGACUGAUUACUUGAAAUUUUUCGAUUUCUUUUUUUCUCUGCGCUGUUCUGUACUGUUUUUCUAUUGUCAUUACCAUGAGAUGAUUGACCAGUGUGAUAUACAGAAUAAUUGUUAUUAUUGUAAUGAGAUAGCAUCUAUUGUUUUUUGUUUUUGUUUAUUCAAAAACUAUUUUGCCAUCAUAAAUACUUGUUAUGAAGUGAUGUUUUAAAGCACACCAUAGUUUUAACAUCAUUCCAGUAGAUGUCAGGUGGAAUGUUGUGAUAUUUUUAAACAAAACCGAGUUUCCCAAAGCAUUAUCAAUAGUUUUGUUCCUGCUUUGUCAUUUCUCACAGACCUUUGAAAUAUCUUCUGUUAACAUUUUAACCCCCUUGUGUUCAAAAGCCUCAAGUGCUCUCAUCGUCACUUUAUUGUGGUGACCUAAACUAGAAAAAUAGUAAUGAUUUAAAGUAGUCACACAUGUUUUGGGAAACUCGGUCAAGCAACAUUCUCAUAAUCUACUGUUUAAACACCUUGCCUUGAAAAAAGAUUUGUAGAAAUGUAGAUUUAGAAACAAAGCCCAUAACUUUCUAAUUAGAUGAGAUAUAAUUAAAGAAAUGCAUAACAGCAAUCCCUGCACACAUAUGGACGCAGUAAGGCAUAGUCACUACUUUAAUCCCCUUAAAACUGCAAUGAACAGGACGUGGAUUAUUCCAUACCGAUAUAUCAAAACACUCACCAGAGCACCGACCUUCUUUCAGCAGAAUAAGGAAUCUUAAUUUGGCAGAUAGGUUUUAUAUCAUUUGCAUGAAUGUGGAUUUUGAGUUUUUUGUGUAGAUAUAAUGUCACUGAUGUUUGAUUUGUUUAUAUUUUUAAAGAAUCUGGACAACAUAACAAUACAUACAUAAUUAUGUAGUUGCUGAAAGUCAUCUUUCUAAAUUCCAAUCUGACUAUCCGAGAUUCAAUUCAGCCCAAUUGUCCUCAAAGUUCAAUAUUUUAUUAUUUUUCCUGAAUGACGUGAAUGGUAGCAGAUGUCAACCUGUGAGGGUUGAGUGAGUAUUUGUAUAUCCACAGAUGGGAAGUAACUUCAAUUAGUGAACACCUCCACGUUUUUAUACUUAACAGAAAUGAAUGUAGCUGGGUUGCUCAGGGUUGACUUGGAGCGUGGUAAAAACUACUGGUCCAUCAGCUCUCUUGGACUGGUAUGUACAUGAUGAUGACCGAUUCAUAAAUAUUUUAGUUUUCUUAAACUCUCAGUGCACCACCAUUCUGCUAGUUGUGAAAACUUGAUCAAUAUCCCUGCAGAAAAUGGAGUAAACUCAGUGCUAUAUAAAAAGUACAGUUGACAGUGUUGUUUGUUUUAUUGUUUAAGCCUAAAAUAAUGGCCCGGUUACCUGAGCUGAUUAAAACCCUAUCUCUAACAAUGUUACCUAUUUAACCUCAGUUAUCACAUGUGACCACUUCAUCAAAUCCUCAUAUUUCGAAUUAAAUCGGCAAAAUUGUAAUGUUAUCUGAUGGAUUUAAUCCGGAAAAAUAUAUACUUAAAAAUAUAAAUACAAUUCCUAUUAGAGAAGGGCAAAAUCAGUUCUGGUUGCCAGGUAACACAACAAUGGUGCCUCUGAUAACUUCUCUCUUCUGCACAAACUAGAUCUGACAUGUGGACCAAAAGACAGACAAAGCUAGCAUUCAGAGGGGAUGGUUCACACUCAAAAACAUAGCAAUAUUAAUAUGUCAUUGAAAAAUUCAACUCAAACACAGAGAAAACGCCCCCUGAAUGAUUCUGGUGGAUGGUAAUUGAGAAAACUGCUUAUGUUUUCAGAUUAUUUUUGGAUUUGGAAGUGAAUUAGCCCCAAUCCUGCAAAAGUGGAUUAAUCAAUUAUCAUCUUGACUCAUGCAUUUUCAUUAUGUUGUCACAUUGCAAGAUCCGUGGCUGUACAAAUGAGUAAAGUUAAAAUAUAUAUAUGAAAAUAUAAACUAUUAUGUAUUUCAGGGAAUGCAAAAAAAGAAAACAGUAACUUAUCUCGUUUUUUCAGAGAGAGCUCCUGUAUUCGAAAUGUGCUUUGCUUAAUUCUGUAAAUAGUUGAAUGGCUUAUACAUUUUAAUUGUAACCUUUUCAGGUAUUUUUGUACAAAUAAGGGACUGAUAUAUUCUGUUUAUUGUAAUUAGAAUAAAACAUUAAUACAUUGAUAUAAAAACCUCAA